UCAGGUGUGGGGUUCUCCUUCAUGUACACCCCCUGUAUCACCAUGGUGGGGAGAUACUUCAAGACAAGAAGGGCGCUCGCAAACGGACUGGGUCUGUCAGGCUCCGGAGUAGGAACUUUCGCCUUCCCUCCAGUCUUCCAGUUACUUAUAGACCACUACGGGUGGCGGGGUUCCCUGUUUGUCGUAGCAGGGGUCGCGUUGUAAGGCUGCAUCUUUGGCGCCUUGCUAAGACCAAUAUAUCUGAUAGAAGACAUUGAAAACAGGAAGACAGUCACAUUAUCAAAUGACGCGAAGACGCCCUCAAGAAGGCGAUGUUUUUCUGUAUAUAAACUCCUGGACCUCUCGCUUUUUCGUAAGCUGUAUUUUGUAGUUUUUACCCUCUCCAACAUGCUGCUGAUAUUCGGCAACUUCAUCCCCUUCGUUCACCUGGUCGCGCACGCGAGAAGCAUCGGAACUGGAGCGAUGCAGGAGGCGGCUUUUCUGAUCUCGGUUAUCGGUAUUGGUGACGGGGUGUCUAGGGUAGCGUAUGGCUGGCUCUCGGACUUGGGCCUGUUCCCUCGGCUCCGAGGGUACACCAUGUGUGCCCUCGGUCUUGCCCUAUCUGUGUUCUUCUUGCCGCUGCCUCGGACGUACCCUGCCAUGGUGGCGUGUUGCCUGGCCGUCGGCCUGUUUGCCGGCUCCUGCGCUAGUCAAACGGCGGUGCUCCUGGCGGAAUUUUGCGGGGUGGGCAGGCUGGUGAGCGCCGUGGGGAUAGCGUACGGGAUACAGGGAUUCGCCAUGCUGUUCGGGCCGCCUAUUGCAGGUCGUUUAUAUGACGUCACCGGAAAUUACACCGCCUCCUUCUAUGUAGCCGGAAGUGUCGUCAUGGCCUGCGUCCUCAUGCUGACGUCACUAGAAGUACAUCGGUCGAGAACCAACGUACCUCCGCGGACACAUGGCAGCACCGAAAAUACUGAAAACACGUGACU